CCCCCCCCCCUUGUUCCCCUGGAGUGAGCAGCCACUACAGAGGUCCUCCCUUUCACCUACACCACAGCAUCCAGCAUGACCUCCAUGUCCAGUCUCUUCUCCUUCACGAGCCCAGCGGUAAAACGCCUGCUCGGCUGGAAGCAGGGAGACGAGGAGGAGAAAUGGGCCGAGAAGGCGGUGGACGCGCUGGUGAAAAAGCUGAAAAAGAAGAAGGGCGCCAUGGAGGACCUGGAGAAGGCUCUGAGCUGCCCCGGGCAGCCCAGCAAGUGUGUUACCAUUCCACGAUCACUGGACGGCCGGCUGCAGGUCUCCCACAGGAAAGGUCUGCCUCACGUCAUCUACUGCAGAGUGUGGCGCUGGCCGGACCUCCAGUCCCACCAUGAGCUCAAGCCACUGGAGGUGUGCGAGUACCCGUUUGGCUCCAAGCAGAAGGAGGUCUGCAUCAACCCUUAUCACUACAAGCGAGUGGAGAGUCCUGUGCUCCCUCCUGUCCUGGUACCGCGGCACAGCGAGUUCAACCCACAGCACAGCUUGCUGGUACAGUUCCGCAACCUCACCCACAACGAGCCGCACAUGCCCCUGAACGCCACCUUUCCAGAGUCCUUCCAGCAGCCACACAGCGGGGGCGGCAGCAACAGUGGCGGAGGAGGAGGAGGAGGAGGCGGCGGCGGCGGCGGCGGUGGUGGGGGCGGUUCUUUUCCCAUCUCUCCCAACUCUCCGUAUCCCUCUUCUCCAGCCAGCAGCGGUACUUAUCCAAACUCUCCGGCCAGCUCGGGGCCCUCCAGUCCAUUCCAGCUCCCAGCUGACACCCCACCCCCAGCCUACAUGCCCCCCGACGAGCAGCUGGGCCAGGAGAGCCAGUCCAUGGAAACCAACAGCAGCGUGGUGCCUCAGAACAUGCCCAGAGGAGAUGUGCAGCCAGUGGAGUACGAGGAGCCGAGCCACUGGUGCUCCAUUGUCUACUAUGAACUCAACAACCGCGUUGGCGAGGCGUACCACGCCUCGUCAACCAGCGUGCUGGUGGACGGCUUCACCGACCCUUCCAACAACAAGAACCGCUUCUGCCUCGGGCUGCUGUCCAACGUCAACCGCAACUCGACCAUCGAGAACACGCGCAGGCACAUCGGCAAAGGAGUGCACCUGUACUACGUGGGGGGAGAGGUGUACGCAGAGUGCCUCAGUGACACCAGCAUUUUUGUCCAGAGCCGUAACUGCAACUACCACCACGGCUUCCACCCGACCACUGUGUGCAAGAUCCCCAGCGGAUGCAGCCUCAAGAUUUUCAACAACCAGGAGUUCGCUCAGCUCCUGGCCCAGUCGGUCAACCACGGCUUCGAGGCCGUGUACGAGCUCACCAAGAUGUGCACCAUUAGGAUGAGCUUCGUCAAGGGCUGGGGAGCUGAGUAUCACCGACAGGACGUCACCAGCACCCCCUGCUGGAUCGAGGUGCACCUGCACGGGCCACUCCAGUGGCUGGACAAGGUGCUCACACAGAUGGGUUCGCCCCUCAACCCAAUCUCCUCUGUGUCCUAAUGAUGGACUCGUGGGAGCUCGGGAGAUCCCUUCUACUAUAUAUAUUUUUUUUUUUACUUUUCUUCCCCCCCCCCCCUCAGCGAUUGAUAAUUUAAGGUGGUCUUAAUGGCUGAACUGUUUACACUUAACUUUGGGAAGGGAUAUUGAACUCUGGCUGGAUAUUCGACAACAGCAGCAGCCGGAAUGAGUUGUUGAAACAGAGAACCGUUGAGUGCGGACGCCCGGAGAAAGGAGCGGUAACGGCACGGACACACUACUGCUCCACAAUGCUACGACACCCAAAAGAAUUGAGGGCUCCAUUGUCACAUUUGAAUCUGUCAAAUGUUCAAUUUUUUUUUUUUUUUGCAUCAAGUUUUUAUUGUUUUUAUCAAAUGUUUUUAAUUCUCUGUACGUGUAGUUUUUUUAAUGUAGCAGUCUCACUACUCCGCCUUAUGUCCGACAGACUAAUUGGAAUUUAACCGAACAUAUUUCUCACAUCGUCGUCUCAGCAUCAGAUAUUUACAAUGAAGACGUGGACACGAGUAUGUUUACCAUUAGGCUCAGAUAUAACAGACGCUUUCUUUUUUUUAAUAGUCUCUACUGAUAAAAAUGAACACUGAGCUACUGCCUUCUCAGAAGGUGAUGUAUGCCGACCUGGUAGUUUUUGAUAUGGGAGAUCAAUCACUAAACACAUUCUAACAUGCCAUAAGCUAACAACAUUGUGAAUGUUACAUCUAUUGCAGCAGAAGUUGUCAUCUAUGAUAUAAUCACACCAUGGACAUCAUUGUUAUUGAUUCUUGUUUGUACUCUUGAGUUCAAGUAAGAGUGACUGUAUUCUCCAUACUCACUGUAUUAACAAUAUUGUGCACUCGUGGAUUUUGUGCAGGCAUAUUAAAUUUUGACGUGGGUACCAAGGCAUUAUGUUGAUAGAUAAUUGAAUUCAUUAGCGCAAUGAAAUAAACAGGUUAUUUGGUAACAAUGAUAUUAUUUUGUUUUGUUUCUGUGUGUGUGUGUGUUCUC